GCCGCGCUCAUUUACAACAAAAUUUCUGCAGCAGUCGGACGAGUUGUGUAGUGACCAAGCGUCCUUUUUUUUUGAAAUUCGCGUAUUUCUAGCAAUGUUAUUGUGACGAAUUAAAUAAAUUAUAGUGUAAAUACACACUGUGUGUAUGUGCAUAAACAAUAGUGUUAUAAAAAACAUAAAACGCAAAACGCAUAUUUAAUUGCAGUUGAAAUCUAACGGUAAUCCCAUAUAGACAGAUAAAGAGUAUCAUGGAUCGUCGCUUAAGACGCCCGCGUCGUGCGGAUGAGGCAACAGUUGCCGCCGCCGUCGCUCCCCCCACCAGCCAGACUAGACGCGUCGCCUCCUCCCUCACAUCAAGCACACGCGCACGUGUUUCGCCCGCCCGCAGCAAGGUGACAGUCCCCGAACCCCCCGUCAUGGAGUUAGGGCCGCGCACACGUCGCUCCAGUCGACCCCGCUCAGCGGCGGGUCAACCCACAGCUGCUGCUGCUGCGUCUGCUGCAGCGCCGCUCAAGGCCACGAUCAAGCUGCCGACACCCAUCAAGGAAGUCAACGAGAUAUCAUCUCCGGCACGCAAUUCAAGCAGCUUCCCGCUGACACUGACCACAAACACAUCGACCCGGGCGCCCAACCAAACGACGGCCACCUCCUCGGUGAACAGCGCCAACACAAGUCGCACAUACAGCAGCUCCACAACGACCACACAACACAUCGAGAUACGCUCGGAGGGCGGUGACGAUGUGGACACUGAAUCCAUACGCAAACGCAUCACGGACCGUCUGCGUCGUUCGCUCUCCAAGACCAUUGGCACACCCUCAGCCACACCCAAUCCCGAGGAGACGGGCAGUCGCUACAGUCGCUCCGUAUCGCGUUCCGUUUACGACGACGACAAGAGCUCAAAGCGCAGCUACUCCACGGGCGAAGAGGACAUCGAGGAGGAGGAAGAGGAGAACGAACAGUUCCGCAGCUUCAAUGCCACGCGACAGUCGGUGACACCAUCUCUAGGUGGCACCUCGACUGUGUGCCGUCAAGUGGACACGCCACGCGAAUUCGGUGGCUGGCCAGGCGCAUUGUUGCUGUUGCUGCUCGUGCCCGCCGUGGUCUAUUAUCUUACCUGGAGUUGCACGGCGCGUAAUGGCUGCCAGUUUAAGCAGGUGAAUUUGACUGCUCUGCUGGACUGGAACUAUCUGUCGCGUCAGGUGUUCCAGACGCAUGUCGUCGGCGCCUUUACGGCCUAUCAGUUUGUCGUCUUUCUGCUCGUUGCCUUGCUGCCCGGCUGGCGUGUGCAUCUCACGAGGGAAACGUACAAGUUCAACGGCCUGGGCGUCUGCGUUACCUUGUUGCUGGCUGGCGGCAUUGCCGAGUAUCUCAAGUAUCCGGUGGCCAGCUUUGUACUGCGUCAUUAUCUACGCUUCUGCAUCUAUGGACUGAUGAGCGCCUUUGUCGCUGCUUGCUGGAGCUAUUGGCGUGUCGAUACCACCAAAUACAAUGUGCUGCGCCAGACACUGUCCAAUGAUUAUGGACGCAGCGGCAACUUUGUGGUGGACUUUGCCCUGGGUCGCCAGCUGAAUCCCAAGUGGCUGGGACGUGUGGACUGGAAGCAAUACUACUAUCGCCUCUCGCUGGUCAGCACUGUGCUCUAUGCCGCCUGCUACAUCUAUCAGACGCUGCAGUGGCCCCAAUGGCCACAGGCUCAGGAUGGCGUGGCCUAUGUGUUGCGCUACUACUGGAAGAAUCUGAACUAUGAUGCCGGCACCUUGCUGGCGGCCUCUUUGCUGCUCAUCUAUGUGCUGGAUUCGCUGCUCUUUGAGCAUCAUUUGAGCUGCUCCUUUGAGCUGCAGCACGAGGGUUACGGCUGCUUGUUGCUGCUGCGUUAUGCUGCCACACCGUAUCUGCUGAGCUCGGUUAGCAAAUACUUCUAUGAGCAGCGUGUGCCCAUCAACUGCUGCUUUUCGGCCUACGCUGCGCUGCCGCUGCUGCUCAUCGGACUGACCAUCAAGCGCUAUAGCAGCGCCUACAAGUACAAGUAUCGCCUGAACUCGCAGAAUCCGCUGUUCGCCAACGUCGAGACUGUGCACACCUAUCAGGGCAAUCGUCUGCUGUUGGGCGGUCUUUGGGGUCAUCUGCGUCAGCCCAACUAUUUGGGUGACAUUCUCUGUCUGUGUGCAUUGGCUGCUCCUUUGGUGCCACGUCUCGCUUGGCCUCCGUUGCUGUCGCUGCUGCUGUUGGUGCUGCUGCUGUUGCAUCGUGCCACACGAACCAAUGCUCGCAAUCAGAGACGCUAUCACUCUUCGUGGCAUCGCUAUUGCAGCCAAGUGCGCUACUAUAUUCUGCCCAAGAUCUACUAAAUCGCCAACUGCAUUUCAUGAUUUUAUAUUUUCGUUUGUUCCCCCCCCAUCCCAUCUCUUUUUGUUUGAUUUUUAUUAUUAGUUUGUAGCGUUGCAUUCGAAUUUUUGUAUUGUAUAUAAUCGAUAUAUCAAUUAUUUGUAUUUCA